AUGGCAGAUUGGUCCCUGCUUCCGAAUGACAUACUCGAACUAAUUGUUAGUCAUUUUGAGACAUCUUUCGAGAUCGUCCUCUUCCGAUCCGUCUGCAGCUCAUAGCGGUCCGUUAUACCUCCACUAGAUCAUCAUUCCCGCUGUUUAGGUAUCAAAACUCAUGAUAUACCGUUCAAUGCCGGCUUUUCGUUACACGGCCAACCUCCGUUUAAUAGCGGUGAUAAAUGCACACUAAAACAGAUCUCUGUUUAUCUCGUGAGAUUCCAGACUCCAUUUGGUGAUGAUUAUCUAUUGGCAGAGAUGCGUGAGAGAGAGUUUGAGGAACCCAUGUUAAUGUUGUCGCCCUUGUCAUCUAAUGGUAUCAUAUAUGGAUUUGGAAUAUAUAAAGUGUUGUUCAACUCUCUUACCUCACCAAUUAUCCCAUUUGGACAUUACUACGAGAUAACCUACUUCGAGAUGCAACACAUUCAUUACCGCUAUGGAUUACCCUAUCAUUUAUGGGAUGGAGUAGAUUGGGUGGAGACUUCCGAGAGAGUUGCAUUUCUUAAACUGCAUAGUGAAGAUCGCAGAGAUUUUGCGGUGCUUCUUGAUGGAGGAACGACCAAUUUGGUGAUGUAUAGAAGCCGUAACAUGAGUUGGACUCAAGUUGUGGACCAUCCUGAAACGUGUUCAUAUCAAGAUAUGGUUGCAUUCAAAGGAAAGUUUUAUGUUGUUGAUUCAAGUGGAUGGGGACGGGUCUUUGUUGUCGAACUUUCUUUGGAAGUUACGGAGAUCCCCUCAGUCAGAGGAUCGCAAGAGUCUUCUAAAGAAAGUCUAGUGCUGUCAGGCGAGGAGUUGUUGCUAGUGCAACGGUUCACACCAGGGUGGCGUCAUGGUGAAUAUAUAUAUACAUGGUUCAGAGUGUUUAGACUUGAUGAAGAAGGAGGGAGGGUAAAGUGGGUUCAAGUUAAUGACUUGAACGACCGAGUGAUCUUUCUUGGAUUUCACACGAAUUUUUGCUGCUCGGUACAUAAGCUCCCGGGUGCAAAGGAGAAUUGCGUUGUGUUUAUUGAUUCGGAUGAUGAUUACAUCUAUGACAAUGACGCAAUCCUUAUGUUUGACUUAAGAACCAGAAGAAUUAGUACUGUUAAUGAAUGCAAAGGCUACAUGGGUGUGUUCGGUGCAAAUCUUGAAUCUUUGGUGUCUUGUGGACUUGUGAGUUGUGACCAUGCCAGACCCAACGAGAAGCUUUGA